AACCAAGGCAUGCAGCCUGCAGAGAGACAUGCGUUGAAAAGAAGUCCCUGAUACCUACGGCUAGAGAAAUGCCCUUUCGACCAACCGCAACAGUAUGCAGGCCAAGGACACACACAGAUUGUGCACCGUCAAUAUCCUGUAUUUAGUCCGAUUCUAGCCUCCACAUUGCUUGGAAGGCCAUCCUCUUCCAGUACAUCACAAGUAGGCCAUACAUUUUCUUGCAGGUCCCUGUCCUUACACCUGCUGUAGAACCUUGAGAAACUGGCAAAAUCGGAUGUUAACUUGACAAUCUCGUUCCCGUCACUCUCUGCACCCGCGUACUAGAGAAGUCAUAUUAAUAACUAGACAUCUCUUGCAUGUUCAUCAUGGAACUUUCAAACCUCCAUCGGCAAUCUCAACAUGGUCGCAACGUCUGAUAUCCCGGCCGACACAUCUGCUUCACUCCUCACCACGCUCGUGGAUGAGAUAUCGUCUAGUGCGACUCUCCUAUCUUCACAUCUCGAAUCCAGGCGGCUACCAUGGCCAUCCUUUUCCGCCGAUGGCCCCCCGCAGCCAUUUCCCGAGGACAAUGAAGAAGUCUCACGGGCACGUGUUGCUCUCAUUGAAGCCACUAGAUCCCUCCACGCCCUCGCCGUCGGGCCAGUUGAAACCACAAAGCACUUCUGUUUCAACGAGAUCUACCUCCUCGGCGCAAUGCAAGUCUUGUGUCAUUUCGAGAUCCCACAGAACGUCCCGCUCCAAGGAACCAUCAGUUUCCAUGACCUUGCCUCCAAGACCGGCUUAAGCGAAGCUCUUCUUCCACGCUUUUUGCGUAUGGCCAUAGCAAACUUCUACUUCGCCGAACCUGAACCAGGUCUGGUCGCCCAUUCAGCCUGGUCCAAACCACUCGCUACUGACGAGAAGAUGCGCGCCUGUGUUUGGUUCCGCCAUGCCGAGAUGCUCCCUGCCGUAUCCAAGCUCGUCGACAUGGUCAAGCGGUACCCCGACUCCCCCGAGCCACAGGACACGGCUUUCUCGCUGGCGUUUGGAGACACCUUCUUCGGGUACAAGGAGAGACACCCGGAGAACAUGGUCAAGUUUGGACAAUUUGUUGGAGCCUUUUCCGGUGGUAGCUCCGCCGAUUCAGCGGAAAACAUUGCGCGAGCCUACCCCUGGGAGACACUACCGAACGGGGCGCUGGUUGUUGAUGUUGGCGGUGGCAUUGGACAUAUUUCCGCUUCUAUUGCGCAGGCACAUCCUCAUUUGCGGUUUCAGGUGCAGGACUUUGAGGAUUUGAAAGGCGCGACCGAGGAAUUGAUGGAAGGCAAGGGAGUCAAGGACAGAGUCGAGUUUGUGCCGCAUAACUUCUUUGACCCCCAACCAGAGCCUGCCAGAGGAGCGGCCGUCUACUUCAUGCGGAACAUCCUCCACAACUGGUCUGACUUGUACUGCAGGCGAAUCCUGAAGCCUAUUGCCGAAGCUAUGGGGAAGGAAAGUAGGAUCGUCAAUUGCGAUAUUAUCUUGCCGGAACCAAAUUCAGUACCCAAGACACAGGACGCAAUGACCAGGGCACUUGACUUGACAAUGUUAUCAUUGUUCAACGCCAAGGAAAAAUCCAUCGACGAGUGGAAGGAGCUGUUUGCGAGUGCUGAUGGUAGGCUUGCAAUUACUGACGUGGUAGGGAAGCCACGAAUGAGGAUGGACAGUCUGGUUGAGGUCAGGUUGUCACAUUGAAACAGUGGUCACGUAUGUUACUUGUGAUGGUUUCAAGGGGUAACGAAUACAAAAGCUACUGAACAACUCUGAACACAACUACUUCAUUUUCUGCCACUACUACUCAGCCACUCCCAAUUCACUCUUCUCUUGAUUAUCCAACAACCCCAGCGCGUGCCGCCGUGU